UUCGCGAAAGGCCGUUCUCGAAAAUGGCCGCAUCGGGAGGUAAUAUAGAAUGGUCUACCACUGUUAAACCAAUUUUAACAGCGCUUUAUGGCCCGUUUUUCGACAAAAACGACGCGGUAGAAAUAAUACAAGCUAUUAUAAAAAGUGAGAAUGAGUUUCAAAACCAUGAAGAUACAUACGAUUUAUUCUACACAUGCUUUGCGUGUCUCUCUGCUCACUUCAUUAGCAUCAAUGCAAAUAAUUUACCUGCUGAUCAGCUCAGCACUGCGCAAGAUGCAUUCAGGGUUAUACUGCAGCAAAUACUCAAAAAGUUAUCAGAAGCCGGACUGAGUCAGGAUGACACAUCAAACACAGCUGCUCCCAAUGUGUCUGUGAAACAGCUCCUUCUGCCAAUUGUUGGCUUGUGUGGGAUUGAUGGAGGUGGUUACCCACCAUCGGACCUUGUUAUUUUGACAUCUUUGCUGAAAAAUGCAAAGUUACCAGCUCAUGUGAAUGUAACAGAAAAUCAAACAACAAAAUCAUCUGUAAUUCCAAGCCCAAUUACGUCACUUGCAUCUCAAACUUCGUCAUCUGAGAAACAACAGCCCACAACGGCGCAACGCCGCUCAGAUGCCUUGUUAGAACAGUUGACUGUACCAUUGAGAAGCCAAAUGUCUUCCAUGGCCUCAUCACCAGCUCAGCCUGUAGGUAUUAUGACUCCCGGAAGCAAGGACAGUGUGGAGAGUUCUAAGGAUGGAAAUUCCCAGCAGGCCUCUAUUGAUAUGAAGAAGUGGGUUGCAUCUACAUGUGCAUCACUACUAAUGGAGCUAAGAGCUGGCUCAGUGGUGCUCAAAGUUUGCUCGUCCCUGCCUUGCCUACAGCGUUAUUUGAAUAGAUGGCAAACAGCAAAAGAAUCUAACCUAGCACCACAGUUUAACUCUGAUGCCUCACUCCUUCAUUUUCUGGUAAACGAAGUGCAUGUCUGCCGGCUUGCAUUGUCAUUGCCCUGUCUAGAACCAUUCACAUCCGAUCGUAUUGCAACACUCAGUGAUGUCAGCACAGCUUGGUUAUUGUGUGCUACGGCACAGGCAACCUUACAUCAAAAAGACGAGGAAAGUGAACAGCAAACAGCAAUGUUAGUCGAGAGCGCACUUAGCUUGUACAAUACUGUUGGGGAGACAUUCAAACAGUCCACCCGUGCAGGAGGCUAUGUAUACCAAAAUCACCUAAUGAUUGGUGCCUGGGUGUUAGUAUGCGGUUUACACCACGCCCUGGGCGGAGCACCAGCACCAACCCCACCUGGUAAAAGCCCGGCAAAGACUGCUUCCAGACCUUACAACUUGACGAAAAUGCAGCAAGGGCUCGGCGUAGUGUGGGUAGCGCUGGGAGGGCGGUGCCUCGCGUGGGCGGGCGCUCUACUCGCGGACGCGCGGCUCGAGGCUCUCAGCGCGCCCUCGGAUUCCGCCCCCUCGCGUGCGCCUCUCGACAUACUGAGUCAUCAUACGGCGCACCAUCGGGAACUGAGGAUAGCAUCUGCAGCUCCAUUGCAUCAGUUGUUAGUCGCACUCGGUGUAGUCUGCUAUCGUAAAGCGACGAACUUGAAACGCGCCGUGGUCCAGAAGAACCAGGACGCCGACCCCGACCGCUCCGACUCCACUGUUUUCUUCCAGGACAUGAUCCUAUGCUCUGAAGACUCGGAAACUGAUGAUGAAGACAGUGAACCACUAUUGGGCUUGUGGUUCGAAGCAACAUUGGUGGCGCCAGACGCUAACGACAACGGCCUCACCCGCUUGGGAGCAGCUGAAUCUAAUGAAAAACCCGACAACACAAGAUCACAACAGGGCAUUGUGCCUGACAAAGCAGAACCAUAUUCUUACAUAUCGCUCGCAACGGAAGUGUUCACGCUGCUAACGGAGGAGAUAAUAAGCGGCGGCGCGGAGCGGCUCGGCGGCGCGGCGCUGCAGCUGCACGACGCGCACCACGCGCUGCUGGCCGCGCUCGCAAGGGACCUCGACCGCGAGACCGCUAGGACUGAUACGGGCACAAUAUCGCCAUGUUUCGGCGCACGUCUCGGCGCGCUGUACACGGCGUUCAGUUCGGCGCUGGUGCGCUAUCUGCACAACCUGAGCGGCUCGCCGGCGUUCGCCGCGCUGCAGCCGUCGUUGCAGCAGCAGCUCGUCUCCACCGAACGGGCGAAUAUGACGCCCUUGCAAGUGGGCCCACGCGUGGUGAAGCUGUCGGGCGGCAUUGUGCUGGCGCGCGCGGCGGCGGACCGCGAGAACAGCAUCCUGGUGAUGUGGCACAAGUUGGUGAACACGCUGCAGGAGUGCGCGCUGCAGCAGCAGCCGCCGCACGAUCACGACUAUGAAGGUGACGCUCUUGAUCACGACUUAAAUGUUGAACACGCCCAAAUGAUGGUCUACCUGUUCCACUCACUCACGCUAAUGCAGAAGAAAUCCGUAUUGUUAAUGACAGCGAAUGCUAUUAUAAAGGUCGUAGAGACAUUGGGAAUAAACGACAGGAAGCGUGCGAUGAACUUGGCGCCGCACCAGCUGAUGUUAACUACUCGACUGAUGCUUUUAUUGGAAUACUUGAUGAAACAUCUGUAUGACGCACCGCAAACAUUGCUGCAACAGAUCGAAUGGAAUCUCGUAAUCGCGCCAGGACUGGCACAACCGUCGUUUGACGCGUCCGCCAGCGAAGUGAAGACGACCGCUGAUAAUGGACAAAUGAAAUCGCGCAUCUAUUGCGAGGUGCCGUUCAUAGAGCAGACGUACAGGCGCCUCUCGCAAGACGAGACUUCUAUGCGGCCGAAGUUCUAUGCGUUGACUAACGCUAAGAUAAAUAAUCAGGAAAAUCCCAAGUUUGACGGUCUAGCGUGCAACUUCGUUCUCGGCACCCCUCACAAGCUGAAAUACCCGUUGCUAGUGGACGCGUUGCUCGCGCUACUGAACUCUGCGUGCGUGUGCGACAAUCCUAAUAAUCGCACAUCGCUGCCCGCGUUGGCCGCUGCGCAUUACUGUUUCCAGACUGCUUGGAGGCUCGUGAUAAGCAUGCCUCCAGCGACCCCGCACAUGGACAAGCUCCAAGCGGGCACGGCCGCCGAGCUGCCGUCCCCGUUGCCGCUGCACGCGCUGAUAUGGGCGCCGAGAGCUGAUAACAAGAAGGUGUUCAACCCUUGGUUGAAGGACGCGCUCGUUAAACAGGGGAUGUAUACUCAGUAUGCGGAGAACUUAUUGGCUGGAGUGAGUGCAUCAUGUGAUAACAUCAAAUACACUGCUUGGUUGGCUUCAGAAACCAUCAAACACUUGAAACAGAAUCUUCUUUCAAGUGGACUACCAUCUCUUAUAGACGUGAUAUCAUGCGACUCUGCUCUCAUGAGAUUAAAGGUGUGUUUGGUUGACGCGUCCACUGCAUCCGAGGCACACCCAUUUGUACCACACCUCUUGGACCUUUUGGAGACUAUACUCGAAUGCUGCAGACUAAGCGCUACAAUGGAGCUGGACAGCCUAGAAGAAGGUAUUCUGACAGAAUCAGAGAGCGCAGUAUCCUCAGUGCGUUUUCAAGUGUGCGGCAACUCACCUGCCGUGGCGGCCGUGUGCGGGAUGGGCGCUUCGCCCCCGGAGCUCGGUGCUUGGCUCAGGGCUCAGCUGCCGGCCAAUGUGGCGACCAUGCUGGAUACGUACUCCACGCCGCCGAGCUUGGCGGCCGCUAACUUUUCAUCUCACAUCAUACCAUCAGAGAGUGCAGUACUGAAUCUCGUAUCGUUCCACUGCGAGCUGAUGAGCGGAAAUCCUAAAUACAGUAUUGGAACUUCGCUAAUGAUGUUUGCGUAUUCAGCUGCGAAGCUCUUAGAGGUUGGCUCUUCGAAGAUUGCUGACAGCGUCGAACUCACUAGAAAAACUUUGGCUCUAGUCAUUCCGGCUUUGACGGAUGGGCGAUUGGAGUUUCUAGCGGAGCCAUUGGCCGCAACACUGAAUGCUAUAGUACCGCAAGCCGUGAAAGCAGAGGAGAUAAUUCAUGAACACAUCCUUCGCACUACGUACCCUGUGCUUUGUGACCAUUUAAUGCCGUUUACCGAAAAGACAUUGAGACACAUUGUAAAAUAUUGGGAGAAAAUCUUGGACCGCCAAGCGGGACGCGCGGCAUACGAGUCUGUUUUCGUCGAAGACACUGAAUUUGUUCUCGGAAAAAUUCUGCUUUCUGCACCUAAUGCAAGAAAUCCCUACACGGAACGAGUGAUAAAGUUAUUCAUAAAAAUAUUUGCUGGAUGCGAAACAACGGAAAUGAGCAGAGGUCUUUGCGUUGGUGUGUGCAAAUUUAUUGGUGUUGCUGACCAGCAGAAGCUGAUUAGUCUUCUCGGGCAUAUUUGUACUUAUGGACCUGCUGCAGCAGCCAUCGGCACCGCGAACGCCACGCCCACAGAGACCGAGCUACCCACGCCCACAUCCUCCGCGCCAGACGCGGGCGUGAAUCCCGCUUCGCUCGCGAUGUUCAACGCGAUACGACGCGUACUGUUUAGGUCUGAGAGCGAAUCGCCGCAACGCCCUGAGAACGGCGCACGUAACGAACAGGAUCUACCCGUUUUUGAUACACCGUCGCCUGCACCAAGAGCGCAGUCUGAGACGGUACAGCAAGCGGGCAACUCAGAAACAUGUAGCUGGUCAGACGGCAGCAAGGAGAGCGGGCCGGCCGCGAGCGCCGCCCCGCCCGCGCCCGAGCCCAGCUCGCCCGUCACCGACGGCGCCGCUAACAACGCCGCGCUGCUCACGGCGCUCUGCAAACAUAUAGUGUUGCACUGUCGCGAGGACGUAAGCGAACGGAUGCUGCAAGCGUUGAUCACCGUGACGGGCGAGGGCACGUGCCACCCGCUGCUGCUGCAGGAAAUGUGCCGGCUCGCCGACUCGCACUCGGGCACGCUGCACAAGCUGCUGUUCCCCGCCGCACUCACCUGGCUUGGAACUUGUGUGAAGAAUUUGAGCAGUCCGGAAGUGUUGGAAAAAUUGGAAGAAGGUUCAGUUGACAAUAACAACUUGGGUCCACAGAUAGAGUCUGCGUGCACUUUACUUGCGUACCUUGGAGACGCGUUGCACGCUAUUGGUGUCGUACAACCACACACGUGGCGUUCUGUUAGCCCAACUUGGGAAUCGCCUUCGGAUCUCGGAUUUGACUUUGAAUACACUGAUGAACAACAAGAUGAUGAUGAUACGAGCGCUGAUGAUUCUGACGAGGACGCAAUGCUGCAAUACAAGCUGUGCACGUUCACGGUGACGCAGCGCGAGUUCAUGAACCAGCACUGGUACCACUGCCACACGUGCAAGAUGGUGGACGGCGUGGGCGUGUGCACCGUGUGCGCGCGCGUCUGCCACCGCGGCCACGACGUGUCGUACGCAAAGUUCGGCAAUUUCUUCUGCGACUGCGGCGCUAAGCCCGAUUCUAGUUGUCAAGCGCUGGUAAAGCGUUCCGUGACCUUGGGUGCGGGUAGAACAGCGGGUACAAGUGAAGAAGCGCCCCCAGCCCCAUCCCUACGCCGUCGGCCUUCGAGCCCCACGCCGCCCGCUUUCCUCGCGCCUCCUCGCAGGCCAGUACUGGCGCAUAAUAUACAGGGUUGCCGUACGUUCCUGAUGAGCUACGACAAGUGGGAGUGGUGCCUGAAGCGCGUGCGCAAGCUGGUGUGCGCGCUGGCGGGGCCGGUGCGCGCGGCGUGCGAGCGCAGCGCGGCGGUGGGCGCGCACGGCCGCGCGCAGCGGGCGCUCGCGCAGCUGCAUCUCGGCGAGAAGCGGUUCUCGCACACCGACUCGCUCAUGAUGCCCACGCUCGGAUCUCAAGAGGGCGCAUUCGAAAAUGUGCGCAUGUCAUACACUGGAGAAAAUGGACAAACGAUCAGGCAAUUAAUGUCUGCGCAUAAACUACGUCGAGUUGCUAUGUGCUGCUUAGCAUCGCCACAAGGACGUCGACAACAUCUUGCUGUGUCCCAUGAAAAAGGAAAAAUAACAGUUCUUCAACUUUCGGCGCUAUUGAAACAAGCGGACUCAUCAAAACACAAGUUGACCUUAACACGCUUGUCAUCCGCUCCGAUACCGUUCACGGUUCUGACCCUCAGCGGUAAUGCGGCUAACGAAGACCUACUUGCCGUGUGUGGACUCAAGGAGUGCCACGUUCUAACAUUCAAUAGUGGUGGCGCUGUAUCUGAGCACUUCGUAUUAUCAACCGGCUUGGAGGCCAAUAACUACAUCAUUAAAGCAAUAUGGCUACCUGGCUCACAAACACAGAUGGCCCUGGUCACGUCAGACUUCAUCAAGAUAUACGAUCUUAGCAAGGAUUUGAGCAACCCCUUACAUCAUUUCCUUGUGCCAAGUGGAAAGGUUCGUGACGUGACAUUCGUGAACCAGGAGGGUGUGAUGCAUAUGCUGUGUAUGAGUUCAGCUGGACAUAUCUACUGGCAACCAAUGAGUGAGGAGUCUAGAGCCACACUUGGUACAUUCUAUGUAACAAAUACUUUGGAAGUGUUACACCCUGAGAUACAGGACGUUGCUGGAUUAGUUGGAGGCGGCGGAGUGUCGAUAUACUUCUCGCACACGCUAAAGAUGCUGUUCUUCUCAUACGCCCAAGGGAAGAGUUUCCUUGCACCACUCAAUACAGUAGAAGAGAGUGUGAAAGGUACCGCAAUGAUAACGGUAUACGGAGGUGGAGGCGGUCCUAAGGAAGGUGGACGUGGCAAGACGGGCGCCCAAUCGCUCGUACAAUGGGCCGAAGUCCCCGGACAUCCUGGAUUGGUCACCGCACUGAUGCAGGCCUCCAAUAACCCUGUGGUGCUCAUGCUCACACCCACAAAUAUAUUUGUACAAGAGAUUAAGGCGUGUGGAACGGUCGUGCCCGCCAAGGCGAAGAUAACGGACAUGGUGGCGGUGCGGCACUGGUGCGGCGGCGGCGAGCAGAAGAGCACGCUGAUCUUGCUGUGCGAGGACGGCAGCCUGCGCAUGUACGCCGCGAGCCCGGUGCGCACGGGCUACUGGCUGUCGCCGGCCGUGCAGCCCGUGUACCCGCCGCGCCGCCGCGCGCGCCUCGCCCGCCCCGCGCCGCACCUCGCCGCGCACGCGCACGCGCACCCGCCGCGCAAGCAGCACCAGGCUGCAGCUAAAUCGAGCACAAAUGGCGGGCCUCAGUUCCCGAUCGACUUCUUCGAGCACUGCGUCGCUAUGAGUGACAUCGAGUUCGGCGGCAACGACCUGCUGCAGGUGUACAAUACAGCGCAGAUUAAACACCGACUUAAUACCACUGGACUUUACGUUGUAUCAACAAAGAUGAGCGGUUUUGCAAUGGAUUUAAUAAAUUCUGAUCCAAAUAUGGUUAUUUGUGGUAUUCGCGUUUUACUUGGUAGUCAGGACGUCGCCAGGACACCUACCUAUGUUGAGAUACAUGGAAGAGCUAUACCCACAAUGGUAGUCCGCAACAGAUGGUUUGAUAUUCCUCUCACACGAGAAGAAUCUCUCCAAUCUGAUAAGAAACUUGUUGUAACUUUCGGACCGUCACAAGAUCCAGAUGGCGUAACCAUGGUCGAUUCUGUCAAGGUAUACGGAAAAAAUAAAGAACAAUUUGGGUGGCCUGAAGAAAACGAAGAUCCAUCUGCGUGUCCUUCAUCCAGCAAAGUAGCUCAGGAGUCGGAGGGUGUAUCGGGCGGGCUCAACAAGCCAAGUUCAGUAGAACGUCUAGCGUGUUCAGCGCUUGAAGCGCUCGAGCUCGGCGCCGGAGCCCCGGCGUGCACUGGGGCAACCGCUGGCGCUGAAGCCGCUGCAGAUGCGGCGCGUACGUUGCUCUGUGUGCCCGCUACACCACUGUUGCACGCAAGGGCACAGUGCCUGUUGCGGGCUGUGUACCAGAAUUAUUAUCAUCAGUUUAAGGACCAAGCUAUUCUACGCUACGUGUGUGCGUCCUUGCGUGAAUUACGUGACACGGCGGAUGUGCGUUGUAUCGACCCUGAGGGGUACUUCCGGCUUCUGUUAUUGGCGCGCUCGCUAGCAGUAGCGCGUCCGCAAAACCUGGUUAAAUAUACCGCGCCUACACCGCGACGACCUGCUAAUGGCGACUGGUCUGUAUACUGGAAGCCGGAGUAUCAAGACGAUCCGGAGCGCGAGCCGCACGUGUGCGCGCUGCUGCUCAGCGUGCUGUGGAAGUUGGCGGCGUGCAAGAACCAGGCGCACGGGCCGCCCGGCGUGCUGUCGUACGGCCUCAGGCACGCCGAGCCGACGCUGCACGCGCUCGCCGACACCAUACACGCGUUCCAGCUCAACGCCGACCCGGAGUGUAUUGAAUUUGGCAAUCAAAUCUACUUGUCACUACUACUCGCUGAAGACCAGAGCAUCAGCUUCGGUGCUAAAGCUGCGUUAAUGAGAGUGCUGCGGCCGCGGGUAAAGAGACGGCGCGUGUACAUUCCCUCGCCACCUAAUACACCAGGAGCAGGAGCAACAACCAUUACAUCAGCAGCGCAACCGGUGACAGAAACGGCGGUGUCGGAGUCCGACCUGAGCGCGAAUCGUGAUGAGCAGCAGGAGCCGCAGUAUAUGGACGUGGAUGACUCCCUUGAGCCCAUGGUAUUGCUAGCGCCUGAUGGAGGUCUAGAAGCGUUGCUAGAUAUCCCAGCGGACGCGGACGACGAGACGAUGGUGGAGUUGGCGAUCGCGCUGUCCCUGCAGGAGCAGCCGCGGCGUGCGCCCGCGCACGGCGCGCUCGCGCACACGCCCACCGCGCCGCCGCCGCCCGCGCCCGGCUUUAGCGACGCCAACGCAUCGCCCAAUGGGUCUGACGACGAAGGCAGCACCGCAGCAACGGACGGCAGCACCCUGCGCACGUCGCCAGCGGAAGCGGCCGGUUCCGCCGGCUCGGAGAGCGGUGGUUCCGGAGCGGAUAGUAUAGGAGGUGUGUCUGGCCGAAGUAGCGCGUAUGGCGAGAUGCCGCCCGCGCACGUGAGCGCUCUGCCGCACGCCAGCGUCUUGGCCGCGCCUGUCUCUGUUACAGCCGGUCCAUCAACAUCUUCAUCGCAACCAGUAGCGUCGACCUCUCGCGCAGUGGAAGCAGAGAACGAAACCCGGAAGUUGCACGCGUUGCGUCUCUCGCUGCUGUCAGCUGCGUUGGACGCCAUGCCCACUUUGCGGAAUUUGUCCGGAGUGCGGGCCAUACCGUUUGUUCAAGUCUUGCUCAUGCUAGCCGGUGAUCUAGAUUCAAGUGUCGAAGGUGACAGAGCUGUACUGGAUCGCCUCCUAGAAGUCCUCGUUGGUGAAUUAGAUAUUCAAGGAGAAGAGACAAGUACAGAAGAACGCGGAGAGCGACGUGACUUCCAGCUCGCUAUUAUGCGCCUUGAAAUGCUUGUAUCGGAGUUGGACUCCAAUGGCGAAGAACAUGCCACGCCCAUACAUGAGAGGACUAAUAGAAGAGAGCUCCAGCUUGUUAUCAUGAGAUUGCUAAGCGUACUAAUGGCACGCUGGAAGACGUGCGGCGCGAGCGAGGGCGGCGCGGCGCGCGAGCAGGUGACGGGCGCGGCGUGCGCGGCGCACGUGUCGCGCCUCGCCGCCGCCGCGCUCGUGCGCGCCGGCGCGCCGCGCCACUGCUACGCGGUGCUGGCCGCUCUGCUGCCCUACUGGAAGGAGAAGACGGCCAGCACAGGAACUGCGACUCCAACACAACAGUUGCUGAAACCACAGCCACCACAGCCACUGCCGGAUAUGCAACCAUUCUUCGUCAAGGAAUAUGUUAAAAGUCAUGCACUGGACGUGUUUGACAACUACCCUCAAUUACUAAUGGAAAUGGCCCUACGACUCCCUUGUCAAAUACACAAGCACUGCGAUCCGGCGCACUUUGACACGCGUUGGCGAACUCUACUGUGCGAGUACAUGAUGAACCAACAAACACCGCUUAGGAAACAAGUCCGCAAACUACUGCUUUUGUUGUGCGGCACGCGCGAGCGCUAUCGUCAGUUGCGAGACGUGCACGCGCUCGACACGCAUCUAACGGCUGCGCGUGCGCUGCUCGCCACUGAUCCAGCUUACGAUAAGCUUGUGCGUCUUAUGGAACAUCUUAAGGCGUGUGCGGAGAUAGUGGGCGCGCGCACUGGCAACUGGCAGCACACGUGUUGCACGGAGCGGCGCGAGACGCUCGGCUGGCUGGUGAGCGUGGCUCGGCGCGUGCACCCGCACGUGGCGCCCACCGUGCUGCAGCUGCUGCAGGCCGCGCUCUGCGCGCCGCCGCCUGCGCAUGCGCACAAACAGGAAAAUAAGACCUCGGCUGAUUGGCCUGAACGUGAACGCAGCGCUGACAGCGACGCGUUCGUUUCUGAUGGAUCUAAAUUCCAAGAGCAACGGGUCCCCCAACUUGUUCAGCAAAUAUUGAAACAGGUCUCUCAAGAUGAGCUCAAGUUAUUCGUCAAGGCAUUCCUGCUCGAAACCAACUCGACUGCUGUUCGCUGGCAAGCACACGCCUUACUAUUGGCUAUUUACAACAAUUCUCCACAAUCGGACCAAGCAUCACUAGUGUCGUUGCUGUGGGGAAUUUGGCCCACAUUGCCGCAAUAUGGACGCAAGGCUGCACAAUUUGUUGAUUUGUUGGGAUACUUUACGCUUAAAACUCCUAACAUUGACAGUGAGAAUUACAUAAGCAGUGCGGUAGACCUGCUCCGCAAUCAGAAUCGCCUCCUAUCAUCGCACGGUAACUCAGCCCUAUACGCGGCUUUGGGCGCUUACGUGGAGCUAGACGGACACUACCUAGAGUCUGAGCCUUGUCUUGUAUGCAAUAACCCGGAAGUGCCCAUGGCAACUAUCAAGCUGCCCACUAUUAAGAUCGACUCGAAGUUCACAACGACUACUCAGAUCGUGAAGCUGGUGAACAGUCACAUGAUCAGUCGCAUCAGUUUGCGUAUCGGAGACAUAAAACGCAGUAAGAUGGUGCGCACCAUCAACUUCUAUUAUAACAAUAGGACUGUGCAAGCCGUGCAGGAGCUUAAGAAUAAACCCGGUAUGUGGCAUAAAGCGAAACGCGUACAGUUGCAGUCUGGACAGACCGAAGUUCGCGUGGACUUCCCAUUGCCCAUCGUAGCCUGCAAUCUUAUGAUGGAAUAUGCGGAAUUUUAUGAAAAUCAACAAGCAACCGGAGAAUCUCUACAAUGCCCUCGUUGUUCGCAAUCAGUACCAGCCAAUCCUGGUGUAUGCGCAAAUUGCGGUGAAAAUGUCUUCCAAUGUCACAAGUGCCGCGCAAUAAACUACGACGAGAAGGAUCCGUUCCUGUGCCACGCGUGCGGCUUCUGCAAGUACGCGAAGUUCGACUACACACUGAUCGCGCGGCCGUGCUGCGCCGUCGACGUUAUAGAGAACGACGAGGAGCGCAAGAAGAUGGUGCAGACCAUUGGCGCGCUGUUGGAUAAGGCGGACCGUGUGUAUCGCCAGCUUAUUGCUAAUAAGCCGAUACUCGAGUCGCUCGUGCACAAGAUCAGCGAGCACCGCGUGGACGGGCGGCCGGACGAGAACAGCAACACGACGAGCGCGGCGUUCGGCGGCGCGCAGAUCAACCGCGUGAUACAGACGCUCGCGCACAAGUACUGCGUCGAGAGCAAGGGCCACUUCGAGGAUCUGUCCAAGAUCAUACAGAAGGUGCUCGCGUGCAGGAAAGAAUUAGUUGCAUAUGACAAAGCUCAAAGUGAACAGCAAAGUGGAGAAACGCUACCGGUGUAUACUAUGAUCAUGCAGAACUAUGAUGGCGAUCUUACUAAAGAAAGCGGCGGAUCGUGCUACGGCUGCUCGCUAGCAACGGCGGAGCACUGCCUCACGCUGCUGCGCGCACUCGCCUCGCAGCGCGCGCACCGCGCCACGCUGUGCGACGCGGGGCUCGUGCACGAGCUGGUGCACCACAACCUGCACAGGGGCACGCCGCAGAGCCAAGAGGAAGUGCGUGCUCUAAUAUGCCUGGUGACGCGCGACAACCUGCCGGCCACGGAGCAGCUGUGCAAGCUGCUGACUCAACGCAUUACGCUCUCGCUGAUGGGCCAUGCCGCCUCGCAGGACCAUAAUAAUUCUGUACGGCCUCUAGUUCUGCUUUUGGGGUCGUUAGUCAAAGUGCAAGAUUCCGUCGAGUGUUGGGAAGCGAGACUGCGGUGUAUCGUGAAGCUAUGGGUCUGGUGCUGUCCUCAAGUGACGGAAGUAGCAGGCAUUCCACCAGCCGCCAAUGCUAUUCUAAAGGAUGAAGCCCUAGCUGACAUACCCGGUAUUAACACCUCUUCACCAAACUCGCACCAGUUCGCGCUGCAGCAGGUGGCGCUGCCGCUGCUGCGCUACAUGCAGGAGCUGAUGGCGCCCGCGCCGGCCGCGCCGCCCGCCGUCGCCUCCACCGCCUCCACCACCUCAACCGCCUCUACCGACGAACAGCCUAAGGAAGCUGAGGAGUCCAGCGAGCAACCGCCGGUGGUGCUGGCCGAGCAGAGCGGGCACCUGGUGGUGGAGCUGGCCGCGUGGCUGGCGGGCCGCGUGCCGCGCAGCGAGUGGCGGUGCCUCGCCGCGCGGCCGCCGCGCCCGCCCGCCGCCAGCGCGCUGCCGCCGCGCGACCUGCACCUCGCGCACAAGUACGUCGGCAAGUGGCGGGAGCGGGUGCUGCUAUCGCACGGCAUGCGGCGCGUGUCGCUGGACGAGGGCGGGUGGCUGCGGCCCGUCAUGUUCGACCCGAGCUCGCGGAUCGCGCGCGACACCGCCUGCCAGAUGGUCAAGUCGCUGUGCGACUCGUACGAGAGGACCAAAGCGGUACUUAUUUUAUUGACAAGCUUCUUACCUGAAGUCGGGGCUGUAGGCGAGGCGAGUGAACAGUUCCUACAAUUAUAUCAAAGUCUAGCAUCGGAAGCGCCAUGGAAACAGUUCUUGGCUAUGCGUGGUGUUUUACAGCAAAUUGCUGAUUUGAUGACCAAGGAAAUUGAUCAACUGCAUCGUUUGGAAGAAACAACACUAACUUCGGAUCUCGCUCAAGGGUACGCGCUCAAGCGGCUGACCGAGCUGCUGGCUAUGUUCCUCGAGGAGGGGGGCGCGCGGCGUGCUUACAAGGGGCGGCUGGUGGGCGCCGUCCUGGGCGGGUACCUGUCGCUGCGGAGGCUCGUCGUGCAGCGCACGCGCCUCACCGAUGACACGCAGGAGAAGCUGCUCGAGCUGCUCGAGGAGAUGACCACCGGUACUGAAACAGAAACCGCUGAUUUCAUGGCGGUCUGCAUCGAAACAGUCCAAAAGUAUCCUCUCCACGACUAUCGAACGCCGGUGUUCAUAUUUGAACGACUGUGUUCUAUCAUAUAUCCAGAGGAAAAUGAUGUUGGGGAGUUCUUCCUCACCCUGGAAAAGGAUCCGCAACAAGAGGACUUCUUACAGGGUCGCAUGCUCGGCAACCCGUACUCGUCUCUCGAGCCGGGCAUGGGCCCGCUGAUGCGCGACGUGAAGAACAAGAUAUGCACCGACUGCGAGCUCGUCGCGCUGCUCGAGGACGACAACGGCAUGGAGCUGCUCGUCUGCAACAAGAUCAUGUCGCUCGAUCUGCCCGUCAAGGACGUUUAUAAGAAGGUUUGGUGCACAUCUGGCGAGAGCGUGGACGCGAUGCGAGUGGUGUACCGCAUGCGAGGUCUGCUCGGAGACGCCACGGAGGAGUUCGUGGAGACCCUCAGCCAGACCAACGCUGAGGCGGUGGAUGAUGAACAGACGUAUCGCAUGGCCAACGUGCUUGCUGAUUGCGGUGGACUAGAAGUAAUGCUCCAACGGCUAGCCGCUAUUCAGCGUGUGGGCGGUGCACGUGCGCUCGUAUCGACGCUCUUACGCUUACUGAGCCUUUGCGUGCGCGUGCGCCGCUGCGUGCGUGUGUUGACGCGUACCAACACACGCGCAUUACCCGUUUUGCUACACGCACUCACACUAGCCGCGGCUGAAGAGAAGGACAUGCCGCGUGCGGAUCUCGUAUAUCAGCUUUUAGAAAUUAUGGAAAGGAUACUGACAGUUGCAGCAAGUGAGAGCUUGGAAUCGUUCUUGCAAUUCUCGCUCACAUUCGGCGGACCUGAACAUGUGCAAGCACUGCUGAACUGUACCGAACUAACAGCGAUCCGCAACAACUCAGUGGCGCUCGGGCAUCUAAUGCGCGUCCUAGCUGCCCUCGUCUACGGCAACGACCUCAAGAUGGCAAUGCUGGUGGACCACUUCAAGCCGGUGCUGGACUUCGACAAGCUGGACUCGGAGCAGUGGAGCGAGGAGGAGUUCCGCAUGGAGCUGUUCUGCGUGCUCUGCGCCAAUGUUGAGAGGAACUCCGUGGGUGGGACGCUCAAGGACUAUCUGAUCUCGCUGGGCGUGGUGCGAGACGCUUUGGAGUAUAUCGUGAAACAUGCCCCGUGCGUGAAGCCAACUCUGGUGUGCACCGACUCGGACGAGCUGAAAGAAUUCAUCAGCCGACCCGCACUCAAGUUUAUAUUGCGAUUCCUCACUGGACUCGCAGCUGACCAUGAGCCUACUCAGAUGUUGGUGUGCGAGAAGGUGAUCCCAAUAGUGCACAGGCUGGAGCAGGUGUCGUCGGGCGAGCACGUGGGCUCGCUCGCCGAGAACCUGCUGGAAGCGCUGCGCUCGCAACCGCAGUGCGCGGCCAAGGUGCAGCAAGUCCGCGAUUUCACUAGACAGGAGAAGAAACGGCUCGCGAUGGCGGUGCGCGAGCGGCAGCUGGGCGCGCUCGGCAUGCGCAGCAACGAGCGCGGCCAGGUGACGGCGCAGUGCUCGCUCACGCAGCAGGUGGCCGACCUCGCCGAGGAGGCGGGCGCCGUCUGCUGCAUCUGCCGCGAGGGCUACAAGUACCAACCUACCAAGGUGUUAGGUAUCUAUACAUUCACCAAGCGCUGUCCCGUGGAAGAGUUCGAGCUGCGCGCGCGCAAGACGCUCGGCUACACAACCGUGUCGCACUACAACAUCGUGCAUGUGGAGUGUCACAUGGCCGCUGUGAGGUUGCAGCGGGCCAGGGAUGAAUGGGAGAGCGCGGCUUUGCAGAACGCCUCCACACGAUGUAACGGGCUGCUGCCGCUGUGGGGCCCCAACGUGCCCGAGUCGGCCUUCGCCAGCUGCCUCGCCAGACACACUACUUACUUGCAGGAGUGCACCGGGCACCGCGACAUCGGGCACCAGUGCACGCUGCACGACCUGAAGCUGCUGCUGUGGCGGUUCGCGCGCGGGCGCACGUUCCACGACGACACGGGCGGCGGCGGCCCGCUCUCCAACAUGCAGCUGGUGCCCGCGCUCGUGCACAUGGCGCUCUACGUCAUCAACACCACGCGCGUGGCGGGCCGCGAGCUAGCGUCCCUGGAGGCGUUCCUGGGCUGGGCGCCGCCCAAGCAGCUGGAGUCCGCCCACGAGGCGGAGGGCGCGCUGUACUUCAUCACGCUCAUGCUUAUGAUGUUCCCGCACGCCAAGUGGAAGUCGAACCGCGUCGAAAUGCUAAAGCGCCUAAUAGUGACGAGUCACGUGCGCGCGGUGGCCGCCGGCGGGCCGCAGCUGCGGGCGCUCUCGUCUGAGCAAAGGGCUCUCAGGCAAUGGACUGACUACAAGCCGUACGCUUUGCUGGUGGCGCUCGUUGAUCAGCUGUAUACUGUUAUGUUUAAGGCCGUACCCGCAAAUAACGUGGAGCAAUGGCCGGUGAAGUUAGCGGAAUACAUCCGCGUGAGCGACGAAGCGAACGCGAAGGCGGCGGAGCGCAUAGUCACCACGCUGACCGACGAGUUACUGCCCUGCGCGUCUUUCGGCGAGUUCUGUGACGCCGCCUGUCUACUGGCCGACAUCCCAGACCCCGAUGCCUUCCUGCAGCAAGUGAUCAACGAACUGCCUUGAGGAAGGGCCUUCGCGCCUUACUGCAUCACGUACAACGGCUGUAUGGCCUGUUGAAAUUGUGUAGUGAGGUCAAGGACGUUUCCUAUUCUUCGUGUACCCUCAAAUGCAAUAAACGUUUUGGAUUUUUGUUUUUUUUUGCCUAAUAAAUAGUUUCCGCUUUA